ACUGCUCUGGGAAGCGUCAAUAUGAUUUGCGGGCGUCGCCUGAGUCUGGAUUCUGGAAGGGCUGUCGUUUCUGAUAUAUAGAUUUGAAGAUUCAUUAAGCCGUCACACUGGGAUAAAUCAAGUUUUCGUAGGGAAGAUAGGAGACCAAUGGACUCCGGAAUUUUCUCCAGUCUCCUGCAGCCUUUCAUUAUCAACGCCUCUAGUUCCGUGGCUCUUGAAAGAUCUGGAAUUUCGAUCAGAUUCUUUGAGCCAGUAACAUCUAGUCUCUUCAGUUGACCGAGGCCCUGAUUCUAAGAAAAAGAAAACAACCAAGAGAGAGUUUUUAAUAGAUCUUGAAACCUUUUUGAUUGCUUAAUCAGUCUCAACACCAACGCACUGCACUAGCUUACCAGGAUUCCAUCCCAGAGCCGCACGAGAUUGCUGUAACGCAGAUUAAGUUCAGUGAGACGAUAUGGAUAGUAUUUAGAAGGCAGAGUCUUCAUUGGAUAAGCAUCCCAGUGUAGUAAUCUAAGUGUUUUGGGAAGAUUUUCAGUGCAUGGAACGAAGUUCAACGUGGACUCUAUAUUGUUCAAAUGUGUGAAGGCCUUGAAGUAUUCGAGAUUGUUGAUUGCGUUUAGAAUGCCACCGUCAAUAGACACCAUGCGAGGCAUAUCACACAUGUGUAGUGAUACACCUUCAGUUGUUGCUAAUGCUAUACCCUGAGAAGAGAUUCACCAGAGUCACUUGACAGUAAGACAAUGAAAGUACAUGCACAAGGAUGGAGGAUUGAUCUUUUAGUUUUGAGGAAACUUACCGUGGUGUUUUGCAGCACAGAAACAAUUUCCUCGGGUUCCCACAAGAUUCUUCGCCUCCAAAGCUUGGACUUGGAUUCCUGGAGCACAAUUUCUCUCCCCGCUUGUUCUACCAAGACAUGCAUUGUGAUGCAUCCAUCAGGAUGUUAGAAAGAAGCUCUCUUUGUAAACCUGGGAGGCCAUUCCUUCCCGCAAUUCUAGCGUUCUCUAUGAAGCAAAAGCGACGACCAAACCGAGGUGAGUAUUUGUUAUAUAUGCACUUGGCAAUUGUGGUUUUGCCUAUGCCUCCCAUUCCCCAUAUUCCUAUCAUCCGGACAUCAUUCGUUGCCGAGUCCAUAUCCAACAGAGGUUCGAUUUGUUCCAUGUGGGCGUCCAUUCCAACAAUAUCACCCAUCUCUAGUGGCUGCAUUGAGGUACCAGAGAAGAACCAAGACGGACAAUACAUUUCACCUAAACCUAGCCUUGUUUCGACAUUCAGACAAGAACUAACAACUUAUCCUAAAUCAUUUUUCUUUAUAUAACCUUUACGUUCGUACUUUGUUUGAUUCAAUUUGUAUAGCAUAAUUACUAACGUCUUAUAAGGGAAUUGUCUCUGAAAAAUUGAAAACUCACCAGGCUCUAGAAUCCUUGCCUGAUACUCCUCCGACUCGGGUGAGGGCUUUUCUCCAUUUCCGAACAUGUGCCGCCAUUGUUCUUUCCUUGCUGGAAAGUAUUCGCAUAACCAUCGAGGGUUGAUACCGUCUUAAGGAAAAUGUGCCUCUCUGGUGCUUAACAUCUGAAGGAACCACGUCGUAGAAGAUUGGGAGAACAAGGAGUUGCUUCUUCUUGUGAAGAUCCAUUAUCAUUUGGAGCUCGUUCAGGCACCAAGUUGAGGAAACAUAGUCUUUGGAGAUAACCACAAUGGCAAACUUGGAGUUCCGUAUAGCUUCCUUGAUUUCUUCAGAAAUUGUGUCACCAAUUUCAAUUGUUUCGUCAUCUUUGAAUGUGUCAUCAACUCUCCCGACAAGUGCGCUGUGCAAGUGGCUGACGAUGCCUCUACGUGUAUCUUUUCCUCGGAAGCUGAGGAAUACAUCGUACCGCUUCUUGUCACGAGGUGAAGCAACAAAUGAGUCCAUUUGAUAUGUACAGAAGAAGAGUCUUGGUUUGAAGUUUUAUAUCAUGGGCUACGAUCACGUUUGGUAUUGAUUAAUUCAAGUCAACGACUUUGUAAAUGGGCGCGACAAGCUGGUAAUUUGAAUUCUUCAAGCUUAUGACAGAUUGGCUUAUAUUAUAAAUAUGGAGAACUUAUAGUUAGACUAUGUUAUGUUAUUAUAGUUAUAUCAUGAUAGUUACAUUUCUUUAAACUCAAGUCGUGAAUCAUUGCGUGGUUGGCGUAUAACGACUGGCAAGCAUGUUCUUUUUUUGAGUGGUCGAUAAAACCAUAUGUUUGUUUGACCUCAAGGAUUUGAUUGAGAAUUUUGAUAUCUAGAUGGUAUAAGCAUGGCAACUUAGCCCUAAUUAACUAUGUCAUAAUCAUUUUCAAGAUGUUCUGUCAUUAUCAUUCAUCUUGAUUAUAAACCGAGCUUAUUAUAUGCAUUACAAUUAUUAGCGGAAUAAUGGGUAUUGGAGACGACUUUGUUUGGGGUUUAGCUGUCGUGCAGGUCACGUCAUCUAUUGUUUUUGUCAAAGUGCUUAAACACACGAGCUACAAAGCUCUAAGACAAUUUCUCAUAGCAAGUUCUAUGUAAGAAUAAGAACGAAAGAAAGAAUUUCAUGAGUCUCUCCCUCGCCUAGAUCAAAUCAUAAUGAAGAACGACGUGUUCUUGAGUUUCAGAGGAGAGCAGACCCGCAAAACUUUUCUAAGCCAUCUUCUUAGUUCAUUAAAGAAGAAAGACAUCACAACUUCCACAUCUUCAGAGUCUUGCCCCGUGUCGGUUCAAGCCCUCCAAGUAUCUCUGGUUGCGAUCCCUAUAUUCUCAAACGACCACGCGUCUUUGGACUUGUGGGUCGACGACUUGGCAACGAUUAUUGAUUGUGAUAAGAAAGGAACUUUGACCGCAGUGCCUGUCUUCUUCCAACUUGAUCCAAACGAUUUCUUGAAAAUGUUGAGAACUGCAGGAAAAGACGCCCAAACCAUGCAUGAGCCUCAGAGGAGGUCCCUUGAGAUUGUCAAGAAGUGGCUUGACGCUCACAUAAUCAACAAAUCUGGUUUUAAUUCCCUCGACUGCAAGGAUGACUCAGAGCUGGUGGGUAAAGUUACUAGUUUCGUUUCCGAUAUUCUGACAUCUUCCACAUCAAGAUAUCAGACUAGUACUGGUCUCAGUACUUAUAGGAGUUUGAAGCUAUUGUUCAAAAUAAAGCUAAGUGAGGAAAUGCAUAAGCCUUUGCGGAGGAUAUCAGUAAGAGACAAUACUGACAUCAGGAGAAACUCACGUUUUGAAGAUCUGCGAGCAUUAACGUUGCGUGCAAAGUCCACAAUAAUAGGAGUUUGUGGAGUUGAGGGUGUUGGGAAGACAAGCCUUGUAAGACACGUUUAUGAUGAUAUUUCACCUCACUUUCAGCACUAUUUUUUCUUCAUAAACAGGAUCCGAACACAAGAUUGCAGCUACAAACCAGAGUCGUUAGUGACUGAUCUCGCUCGUGAAGCUUUAAAAGAGAGUAGCUUCCAUGGGAGAUCUAUUGAUGCCAUCAAAGAAAUGAUCCGACGCCGGAAGGUUCUGCUUGUUGCUGAUGGUGUGGAUGACAUUAAGCAGCUAAAAGGUAUAAUCAAAGAAGCCAGUUGGUUUGGUCCAGGAAGUCGAGUCAUUGUAAUCACUAAAGACAGGUCGCUGCUCACUCAAUGUGGAGUAAAACACAUAUACGAGCUUGACUGUCCUAAAUUUGAGGAAGCUCUUGCUUUAUUCUCAGAGUUUGCUUUCAAGGAAAGAAAACCUCGUCCCGGUUUCGAGGAACUUUCGUUUCUUGCUGUCCAAGUUUCAAAUCGUCUUCCUCUUACCCUUAAAAUGUUGGGAACAUUUUUAUGCAACAAAGAGAAAAGUGAAUGGGUAAGUACAUUGCGUAGGCUAGAAGCUUCACAUAAUAACUACGCUACAGAGGUUUGUAGGUAUGUCGGAGCAGAUAACUACGCACCAAGACGUCCGAUGAAAGUGGACCACCAUGUUGGAGUCGAUGAAGCAAACCGUUUACCAUUUUACCAGUUUUCUCUCAAGUGAUCAUAUAACUCAAUAUAUCCUUCUCAGAAUCACGUACUUUUUUUAAUUGUUUUCAAGUAAUCUUUGUGCAAAUGGUUGAAAAUAAGACAAACGAGUAAAAUCUUUGUUCGUCA